AUGGCAUUGAAUAAUUUAAUCAUGGAUCAUCUUUUAACGUUUCUUGACCAAAUAGAUGUCAUCAAUUUUAUUGAAGCGAUAAAUAUAAACGAAGAAUGGUACUCACUUGUAAGGUCAUCGGAUGAUAGUUUUCGUCAGUCGAUGGAGAUAUUUCGUGGAUGUCAGAGGAUUCGGAUAUGUCAGAGUCACUUUGCAUGCUAUGAAGAUAGUCAUGAUAUCGAUGAGACUAAAUUAGUUCUAGUUUCAAAGCGAUAUUCUGACGUAGCACUGCCCGAAUUACGUUUAUUUAUAUACCCGUGUUUCACUGUUGACGCAUUUCGAAAACUAGCCAGAUUCUACAAUGUUCCACUAUUUAAAUGCUUUGUUCGAUUAUUACCAUUUAAUACGAUUCAGUAUUGUGCUGAUUUUGGUCUUAUUGAUGUUAUAUCUUUCAAUCAAACAACAUCUUCAGGUCGAACAUUAAAUGAACAUGAAAGGAAGUUGUUCACACAUAAUGAAUACUUUGAAACGUUGGAAAAUCGAAAACGCCAAACAUCAUUAGCAAUUAUAAACACGAUGGAUGAGUUUCGACACAAUCUAUCAGUUCGUUUUCUAGCGAACACAUGGUUAUCUGCAAUUGACUUCUCAAAGUUUAUUAUCGUUGGAGGAUGCGUUCUUAAUGCUUUUUGUAACUUGCCUUUCCCAGAUACUAAAGAACAAGAUAUUAAUUUAAUUUUUUUUUCUGGCAACUGGGAAAAUUUCGAUGAAACUGUUGAUAGUACUGUAGCAAAACUUAAAGAGAUGAAUCAAAAUAGAUUCACCGCUGAUAUUGAAAUUCAAAAACACAUUGGCACAGGCUCAUACGAUUUGAUUUUACCUAAUGCUAUUAAGAUAAAUUUGAAAUUUGAUCCUGCUAAAAACUCAAGCGAUCCUGUAUCACAUAUACUUCAUAAAUUGGAUUUUGACAUUUGUCAAAUUCUCUAUAACGGACAAAGUCUUUUGUCGACAUGUUCAUUUAUUGAAGCAAUAACAACGAAAACAUUUAUUAUGUACAAUUUGCAUGCUAAUAUAUCUAAAAACACGUGUAUUCGAAUUCAAAAGUAUUGCAAUCGUGGCUUUAAACUCAUCGUACCAUUUAAUUUUGAUGGAGAUUUCAAUGAACUUAUGUCUCAAGAAUUAAUACCAUUGUAUAGCGUUCGUGAAUUCUACUAUAUGGAGGAUGAUGGAGAAAUCCAAUUUGCUACUCAAGAAACUUGUCCUGUACAUUUGCCAAUCGUUGAUACAUUUCGUUUACAAGAUGAAUUUAUAAGAGGUAUUUGUCCAAAACUAUUCGAUUAUAAAUAA